AAAAGUGGCGAACAAUACGCAAACUUUGUGAGAAGAAGUACCACUGAGACAUUAGACACGUAGGAAACAUAUUAUACUGAAAAACAAGAUAUAUUCAAAAGAAGAAGAAGAAAAACAAGAUAUUUUGUUUGAUACAAACUGUUCGCUCUCGGGAGCGAUUCGAGUUCGGGAAUGUGGAUCAGUCAUGAAAUCUGACAGGGAUAGUUUAGUAAUGUCAUUAUGAUGUUUUGUGAAAUGUCAACAAUAAAUCCUAGAAUCCUAUGUCAAUUAACAUUUUCCAGUCGGCGCUUUGCGAUUUUCAGGGAUUUAGGGAAAAUUAAAAAUAUUACUAAAUUGUAAAAACCAGACCGAGUUUUCCACGUGUAAAAGUGUCAGUUCUCCUCAUAUUUUUUCAAUAUGGGCGUAGACAUAGAAACUCUUUCACCUGGGAAUGGUUCCACCUUUCCAAAACCUGGCCAAACUGUAGUGGUACAUUAUACUGGAACUCUUCAAAAUGGAAAAAAGUUCGACUCUUCCAGGGAUCGUGGACAGCCAUUUAAGUUUACAUUAGGAAAAGGCGAUGUUAUUAAAGGAUGGGAUCAAGGUUUAGCGCAGAUGUCAGUAGGAGAGCGAGCAAGACUAACAUGUUCGCCUGAUUUUGCAUAUGGAUCUCGAGGUCAUCCAGGAGUAAUUCCACCUAAUUCUACAUUAAUUUUUGAUGUCGAACUUUUAAGAGUAGAAUAAUUUAAACUUGCAUUAUUAUUGAUAAAAGUUUAUACAAAAUAUUUGUAAGCCUUGAAACAUUUUGUUGCUUUCAGUGCUUUAUGCAACAUUAAUUAAUCAAUUAUAUAUAACAUACUAUAACUUUUUUCUUGUGAUGUCUGUCAUCAAAAUAGAUGAAGUCAUUUAGAUUUUAGAAAAACAUAGUUAUCUGUUUUUUUAUAACUUUAUUAAAAUAAUAUAUUACAUCAAGAUGCAUAGUAACAUUUUCAUAACAUCAGUAACUUUACAGAUACAGGUUUACAGAUAUUUUUUAAUAAUUUAUUUAUAUAGAUUACAAUCUUGCAAAUAAUAAUAAUAAUUUGCAAUGUAUAUUAUGAAACAGUAUUCAUUUGAUUUUAGAUGAGUAGAUUGUGUCAAUAAAGGUAAUCAUAAUUGUUAUUAUUUGAACACAGUCAAAUUUUGGUUUAAUGUUUUGUAAUAUGUACACCACAUGGAUUGACAUUAUGAAUAUGUAUUAGCUUUGUACAUCCAUCUCAAGUCAUUCAUUUUAUUCAUUCAUUCUCUGGUGGCGGUAGUUGGAAAUCAGUGGUGGAGAGUACAAAUAUUGAUCAUGUGCAAUGAGCAUACAUAAACAUUUUUAUUCCAAUUUGUAAUACCACUUAUAUUAGUUAUAGUUUGCACAUUAAAAACAAAUUCAGCUGUAGUGUAAGUAACCUCUAGUCAGCGUCUUAGGUUUGUGAGCGGCAGGACGGGGGAGGUAGACAAAAGUCAGAGCUAACUCACGUGUGCUGUUAAUCCCCGCAACCAUUAUUGAUGUGCGUCUUGUCAAUCGCGCCCUCCCCCAUCUCACUGGCCACUUACCUCAGGCGGUAACUAGUAUUUGCAACUAUACACUAUAAUUUUGUGUCAGUUAUUACAUUUUGUUAAUAAUGUAUUUUUUUUAUAAUUUAGCUUUGAAUCUCUGUCUUGUAACAUUAAGAGAUAGUUGCUUACAUUAUCGUGGUUCCCUUAAAUAAAUAUUUCAAUUGACAACAUUUUUUUAGCUACUUCUACAUAUUGCUUUAAAGAAAAUAAUAAUUAAUGAUGCAUUUAAAAACAUUUAUGUUGUGUUCUAUUAACUGUAAAAUGAAAUGUAAACAAAGUUAAAUAAUUAAAUGCAUUAAACAAAAACCUUAGUUGAUGUAAUUUAAAUUUUUAUAUGUAAAUAAUUACUGCACCUCAUUUUAAGCUUUGUAAUUUGCUAAAUAUAUAAAAUAAAAUGUGUCAAAUAAGA